AGGAUUAACACAUACAGGAACACUCUUCCAGGGACAGGGAUAUCAGAGGAUUAUUACACACAGGAACACUCUUCUGGGACAGGGAUAUCAGAGGAUUAUUACACACAGGAACACUCUUCCAGGGACAGGGAUAUCGGAGGAUUAUAUACACACAGGAACACUCUUCCAGGGACAGGGAUAUCAGAGGAUUAUAUUACACACAGGAACACUCUUCCAGGGACAGGGAUAUCAGAGGGAUUAUUACACACAGGAACCUCUUCCAGGGACAGGGAUAUCAGAGGAUUAUUACAUACAGGAACACUCUUCCAGGGACAGGGA